AUGGGCCGGUGGGUGAUGUUGACCUGGACGUUUCGUGCAUUUGUUUGGGCCGGUGAGAAGAUCUUGCCAGUCUUGCAGGCCUCCUUCGUUCCGAUGGGAGGUAUUCUGUUGGUAACGCUGUUCAUCUUCGCCGGCUUUUGGCACUCCUUUGCAGCGUUGACCCUGGCCCAGGGCGUUCUGGACCAGUACCAGGUUCUCCUCGCCACGCUUCGACUUCUGAUCCUCGGUGAUGGCGACGGCGCGGCAGUGGUGCUGGGGCUUUACAAUGGUGACGAGGAGCUCGGCUCGCACAUCACCUUCAUUCUCUGGUUCAUUGCCGUCAUUGCCUUCUGCAUCUGUCUGCUGAACCUUUUCAUCGCAGUGCACGGUGAGGCAUAUGGCAAAGCGCAGGAGACGGCGCACAUCUCCUUCCUGCAGGAAAGAGCGGCCAUCUGCUUGCACUGUCUGCUGAUGCCUUGCUGGCUCCCGACAGGUUGGCAGUCGCAGGCUUCGUGCCCGAAGGCCUUGGCCGUACUCAUCUACGCCCUGACCUUCGUUGCGUGGGGUGUCCUGGUCUGGUACACACAGUUGCAUCCCUGGGUGGCUGCUGGCGUGCUCCUGGCAGGCAGCUUGGUUGCAGACAUCGUUCUUCUGCAGCUGCCGUGGCGAAAGGAGGAUUCUGAGAAGCUUUUCUUUUGGAUCUGCCAUCGCGAUGACUACGAUGACACCGCCUCACUUCCAGCGGACACCUUCGAUGAUGCCCCUGGUGCUUCAGCGGAGCAGCAAGAGGCUGUUGUCCGUACGUCGAGGCUUUCCACGAAACUUGGGAAUCUCAAGAGCUCUGUGGAAAUGCAGCGGUUUGGCACUGACCUGAGCGGCCUCGAAGGCCGGCUCAGCCACCUCGAGAAGUGCGUGGAGCGGGCCAUGGCAGCCUUCGCUGUCCUCGAGUAG